AUGAUAGUGGUGAAACGUCCGAAAACGAGAUUGAAUGAUUUAAGUGAUUGGAACGAUGAAAAAUGUUUGAAUAAUAAUAAUAAUGAAGUCAAGAGUAUUGACGAUGAAGAACGAUCUAUUGCUUUUAGUGUAAAAUUAUUAUUGAAAAAUCAAAAGAAUUUUUCAUCAAAUCUAUUACGAUCAUCAUCGCAUGAUGUUAUAUCAUCAAAAUGUCAAUGUCAACGUUCAUUUCAUAUAUUUUGUACAGAUUUAUUUCAUGAAAAUGAUUCCGAUAUAAAAAUGAUUAAUAGUCAUCCAACAUCAUAUUACCAUAAUAAAAGAUUAUCAAAUCGAAUAUCAACACCCUACAGAAAAUAUCGUCAUGAAAUUCAAGAAGAGAAUAAUCCUAAUACUACUUUCCAGAUUCCUUCAAAAGUUUCAUCACGAACUAAUCCAAAUCAACGUUCUAUUCAAACUCCAACAAAAUAUUCUUCAUCAAUUCGAUUACCAAAACAAUUACAACCUCGUGCUCAAUCUGUUUUUGAUCAAUCUCAUUCUGAAUCAGAAAUAUUUUUACCACGAACUCCUCCAUCAUCACCAAAAACACCUAGACAAGAAUCAACAUUAUUACCAUUACAUUUUAUGAAAUCAGCACCACUUCAAUCUAUAUCUAUCACACCUCAUAUUAGAUAUGUAAAUGAAGAUAAAAAGAAAUCAACAACUAUUUCUUCAUCUAAACUUGCAAAUUAUGAAGAUUAUGCACGAGAAUAUUUGUCGAAACCAGAUUGUACGAAUGAAAUUGUUGAUAAAGAUAUAAAUGAAAAACAAUCGACAAUGAAGCCUAAAUUAUCUCUAGGCACUCAAUCAACAUCAAGACCAAGAACUGGAUUAAGUAUUCGUUUGUUAUCACAUAUUGCAAAUCGUUAUUCUGAUAUAACUAAAUAUUCAAAUUCGACAUUAAAUAUACCGAAAAAUUGCACAGAAAAAUCACGACGAAUUUUAAAAUCAAAAACUCGUUCAAUGAAUGAACACAAUGAUGUAUCAAAGAAAGAAUCAAUACCACCAUCGAAAUCAGUUUUUGGAUUUUCUAAAACUGCAAGUUCAAUGCAUUUUGGAUAUGCUGCUGAUCGAUUAGGUUUACAAGCUAGUUUUGAAAAAUGGCCACGACCUCCUUCGCAUCGAACAUCAAUGGAACGGAAACAUGAAGUUACAACACUUCGUUUAGUGACAUUGCCUUUAGUUACAUCUUGA